GAGAAUCCUCUAUCCUUUCUUUAAGGAGAGGUGAUUGUGAAACUCCUUUUAGACUGUGAGGUGUCAGAAGCAGCAAGGUAUCACUUCACCAAGGACACAAGUUCCUCUGCUCCUGAGAAAACAGAGUACUCUGGCUGGAGUGUCUUAAGGGAUGUGAAGUUAGAUUUCAAGAUGACUCUUUUAACAGGAGAAAAUUCUGAUUAUGACUAUAGCGCCCUGAGCUGUGCUUCAGAUACCUCCUUCAACCACACAUUCUUUCCGGAAACAGAAAGCCUCAAGGGAGUCUUUUACCAAAGAGCUAAGCUAAUUCACCCAGAAGAGGAUCUCUUUAAAAGUGUUCACCCUGAGGACCGGAAGCAUCAUAUCAUCAUAAAUGUAGGGGGCAUUAAAUACUUGCUCCCAUGGACCACACUUGAUGAGUUUCCCCUGACGCGCUUGGGCCAGUUGAAAUUUUGUAAUAAUUUUGAUGACAUUCUAAACAUUUGUGAUGAUUAUGAUGUGACGUGCAAUGAAUUCUUUUUUGACCGCAACCCAGGGGCAUUUAGGACAAUCCUGACAUUUCUGCGGGUGGGGAAGCUUCGGCUUAUGCGAGAGAUGUGUGCUCUUUCUUUCCAAGAGGAGCUGCUCUACUGGGGCAUUGAGGAGGACAGCCUGGAAUGGUGCUGCAAGAGGAGGUAUCUGCAGAAAAUGGAGGAGUUUACCGAAAUGAAUGAAAGGGAGGAUGACCUCAUAGAGAAUGAAAACCCAGGUGAAACAGUGGAGGAGACAAGAGUGAGCCUGUGCAUGAAAAAGUUACAAGACAUGGUGGAGAAGCCUCAGUCUGGGCUUCCUGGGAAAGUAUUUGCAUGUUUGUCUGUAUUGUUUGUGACUAUUACUGCAGUGAACCUGUCCAUCAGCACCAUGCCCGACUUAAGAGAGGAGGAGGAGAGAGGUGAAUGCUCCCAGAUGUGCUACAAUAUUUUCAUCGUGGAAUCUGUCUGUGUGGCAUGGUUUUCUUUGGAAUUCCUGUUAAGAUUUAUUCAGGCAAAGAGCAAAUUUGCGUUCCUGAGGAGACCAUUAACUUUGAUUGACAUUAUUGCCAUUCUUCCCUAUUAUAUCACUUUGCUCGUAGACACCACUUCAGUGGGCUACAAAAAGCCAACUUCUGGCAACAUCUACCUAGACAAAGUAGGUCUGGUGCUCCGCAUACUCCGUGCCUUGAGGAUUCUAUAUGUCAUGCGGUUGGCCAGGCACUCCCUUGGCCUGCAGACCUUAGGACUCACUGCUCGUAGGUGCACCCGGGAGUUUGGACUCUUACUGCUCUUCCUCUGUGUGGCCAUUGCCCUUUUUGCACCACUCUUGUACGUCAUUGAAAAUGAGAUGGCGGACUCACAUGAGUUUACCAGCAUCCCUGCGAGCUAUUGGUGGGCAGUAAUCACCAUGACAACGGUAGGCUAUGGUGACAUGGUUCCCAGAAGCAUUCCAGGCCAGGUGGUGGCGUUAAGCAGUAUUCUGAGUGGCAUUCUCCUCAUGGCAUUUCCAGUCACCUCCAUCUUCCACACGUUUUCACGCUCCUACAUUGAGCUGAAGCAAGAGCAGGAAAGACUCAUGUUCCGAAGAGCACAGUUCUUAUUAAAAGCUAAGUCUCAGCUCAGUAAUGCAUCACAAGGGAGUGCCAUUUUAUUUCCCAGUAUCUCUUCUGAGAUGAGGGACAACGAAAUUUAAGUUUCCAUAACUGUCUGAUAUUGGGCAAAAGUAACAUAGUGAAAGAUCCCAUCUUACCAUUUGCUUUUGAAGCAUUUAAAGAAACCUUUAUACAAUUAUCAAGAAAGGAGUUUUAGCCAUUAAGCUAAUGUGGUUUUAAAAGCCUAUUAUUAAAGGCUUUUUUUUUCUUUUCAGGAAAAUGUACAGUUAAGACAGUUUUUCCCCAUGAGAUCAUAUAGUGGGAUAUUAGGAAUUAGGAGUACUUUGAGUUCUCUGACCAAAAUGAGAACAAUGUGAAAUUACAUAUUUGACACAGACUGUGUUGUAGUUGAUGAACCAUUUUCCAACCAUUAUGUAGGUAUUAAUUUUGAUAAUUUAAUAAGUUCUUCUUUAUUUUCUUCAUGUAUAUACAUAGUAUAAAGAUGACAAGUUCAGAUCUAAAUCUAUCCCUGGUGCAUUUCCAUUGACUGUAGUAGAACUAAGUAUGUAAAUUACCCACUGUUCCCUUGGAGAGGAUUAAACAAGGUGUGUGUCUUUUAGUGCAGGCAAAUGUAGUAUUUUUUCCUUGUGAGCCAGUCCUGAAAAUUACUAUAACAAUAAAGAAAAGAUACUGGUUUCUGGGUGCUUUGGGACAGGCAUAUGCUGAAGACAUAAAUACUUAUAGCUCAUCAGUUCAGAACUUAAAUGGGCUUAUAUUGUAGACCUGACAUAGUUCCACACAAUAUUCCCUGUGAUGGGUGAGACGGUCUUGAAUUUUUUGACAUCCCAGACAGAUAAUAAGGAGAUAGCUGCAAAUUAAAUUGAAUGUUCAUUGUUUCAAUGUUAUUUCUUUAUACCUGAUAGAAACAGAAAUGAAAAAGAUGACACUGUUUCUAGAUGAAGCUGCAAUAUUACUAAUCAGGUUGAUUCUGGUGCUGUGAGUUGACUGUGUGGCAUCUGACUCCUUUAAAAAAAAAAAGCAAAAGAGUAUUACAACAAGUUGCCACUGAUGUAAAAGGGAAAUAAUAUCAAUUGAGACAUGGCAGAUAUAGUCUUGAGUCAUGGGAGAUUAUAAGGUGUAAAGCUUUCAGCUAAUUAGUUCUUCCUUCACUGAUACAGCAGGCAUCAUAGCACUGAAGAAAAAUUUAUCUUAGGAAACUUAUAGGCAACUAAGGACCUAAAGUGCAAUCUUGCAUCUUUUACUUCACUAAUCCUUAAAUAAGUUGUUCUUUUGAAGUCAAUGUGAGUGAGUGAGUCUUUCAGGAUUGGAUCCUGAUCCAUCGCUACUAGAAGUCAAUAACAAAUCCCCUGAUAAUUUCAUUCAGAGCAGGUUUGGACUACAAGAUUGCUCAAAAGACAAAGUCCAGAACUCUAACAAAGAAACAAAAUUGGUUGCUUUGUCUCUUAGAGAGCAUGUAUAGUGUUGAAAAUCUAAACUUUAGGUGAAGUUUCACAAUUUUAAAAGAACAGUGUGAAUUUCCUAUUCAUUAACUGUCAGGAAGUAUGAAAGUUAAUAAGCUCACCUUAAAUCUAUUUUUCAGCAUUCCUGUUCUAAUCUCUGAUCUCUCUUGAACUGGGACUUUCAGUUGUGCUAAAUUUUAUGAAGGUUUUAUGAUUUAUAUCAAAGAGGUUGGGGAUGAAAAGCAAAACUCAUCUUCACUUGAAUUUUUGUCUGUGAAAGCUGAAACUUAGGGUAUCAACCUAUGCUGAAUGGCCAAGUCUCCAUGUUACAGUGACCUGGUUUAAAUUAGUAAUAAUAAUAAUAAUCAAUAUUAGACAUAUUAUUAAUAUAAUAUAGACAUCCUAUGUUUUCUAUAAAUAAUAGUUCGAAUCUCCUUAGCGGGUUAGGGUUUUAUGAAGAAAACUUUUAACCAGAGUUUUCAGAGCACUUUACAAACAUGAAUGAAUGAUACCUCACAAAAUUGCUGUGAUAUAGGUAAAUAUCACCAUGAAAUGAGGCAUGAGUCAAAUAAAUAGCCCAAGAAUACCGCAACUGUGUGACAUAGCUAGAAAUAUAACCCACUUCUUCUGACCCACUAAUUCUUGUGUAAUUACUGUUGGAGGGGGGGAAAUAAGGAAACUGUUCAUGAAGAAAUAUUCCCUCCUCCAUUGAAACAAUUCUGAUAUCCAAAUGCUUUGACCAACUGUAACUUUAACCUCAACCCAUGUACUGCACAUCCUUAUUCCUUUGUAUUGGUAUCCAAUAUAAAAGGAUUUGGUAAUGGGACUGGUGAAAGACUUGUAUGUAUUUGCAAGACUCAGCCUUAAAGGAGAAGCUGUAUGUCAAAAUAAACAAUCAAGAGAUUAGAGGUCACAUCUCCAGCUCAGUUCCAUGCUAUACUGAUUUAUGCGAUCUAAGGAUUUGGUCCACUUUUUUCAAUUUCUGUUUAAAUCAGCAUUGACUAGGUGUAUUUCAGAUAUUGUUUUUUCUGUUGAAAAAUUAUGGUAAAUCCUGAAGUCCUGGUUUGGACAACAUUAAUCCUGAAGUAAUGCCUUGCAUCAAAUCCAUCCACCAAGCCCAUCAGGUGCUGAGUCAGAAACAAGGAUUUCAGGAUGUAGCCCAUUGUAAUUUUGCACUUGGCAACAAAUUACAUGUAAGAGUAUCAACAUGUUGUACUAUGAAUCAUUGUAACAAAUUGCUUGUGUUUUAUAGCGCAGUGAUACAUACAGUUGUUCUUAUGCUAAAUUAAUACUGCUAUAUGUCUUAGGAAUACACCAUUAGCAUUAAAUCCACAUGCUGUAUUCAGUUUCUACUGCCAAGGCUUAAGAUUGUAAAUGAUUAUAACUCUAUGGUAUAUUAUCUCAAUUUAGAGACAAAUUUAUGAAAUUAUAGAUUGAUUCAAAAGCUGGCUCUGAAAAGUUUCCGUUCACACAGCUGACAGCUACUGAGUCUGAUAUCUUUCCUUUCUUGCUUUUUAACAGCAUGCAAAGUUAACAAAAAGUUCCUUUAAGAACAUUCUGUACUUUCAUGAAGUACAAAGGAAUUGCUUGAAUUGCCACUGAUAAAAAGUGGAACUUUUCAAAUAUCCUACUGGAGAUGGAUUUGCAUUGCUAUUUGUAUUAUCCUGUAUAUAUAGCAAUAGUAUGUACAUUUUCACAUUGAACAGCAGUAGCUAUAUUAAAUUUGAUUAAUAAAGACUUGCACUUUCUUGUA